AUGAACGGGAAUAACUGGGAGGGAAAAUGGCCUAAGCAACAAUCGCAGACUAAUAAAACACUACGCCGAAACAGUAAGCGAACUGAAAAAUCUGGAUUAAACUCAUCUAGAGGAACAACACCUAGAGAAAGAACUCUUAGAAGAUUGGAAAGUAAUGAGAGGGAAAGAAUGAGAAUGCAUAGUUUAAAUGAUGCUUUUCAGUCUUUACGUGAAGUAAUUCCACAUGUAUCAAAGGAAAGGCGAUUAUCAAAAAUUGAAACUUUAACUUUGGCAAAAAAUUAUAUAGUUGCUCUCACAGAUGUGAUAUGUGCAAUGAGAAAUGAAGAAAAAGUUACAAAUCCACAAUCAGAAGUUUCUGAAUCUCAGGAAUCAUCUAAUAAAAUGAAUAUUUGCCUGAAUAUGAAUAUUCCAAUUGCUUCAAAAUCUUGUAGUUAG